AGAGAAGUGGCCAAUAGGUGGGCAGAGCGCCGGCAGCUGUAAGGAAUGGAGUCGCAAUCGCCCGAUUCGGACGCGAGCGUCGAUGAGUCUCUCUUUGCUCUCUUGCUGGACCUGGGGAUUCCCGAGGCUGCAGCGCGGAGGGCUCUAGCGCUCACCGGAGGUCAUUCUGCAGAAGCGGCGGCGCAGCUUUAUUUCAGUAGCGGUCUCGAUUCCCAGGAUGAAGAUGAGGCACAGGGCAGUGAUGUCAAUCUUCUCCCAAGCAGACACCACAAGAUGGUCUUUGUGGUAAACAUGGAACUCUCCAUGGGAACUGGAAAGAUUGCUGCUCAGGUGGGGCAUGCAGCAAUUGGCUUGUUCCAGCUGAUACAUGAAAAGCCAAGUCAGAGGGGCAUGAUCAACCAAUGGGAUGAGCAUGGUGCAAAGAAAGUUGUACUUCAGGGAGCCAACACGGACCAGUUGCUGGAACUGCACGCACUCGCCCUGAGUCUAGAAUUGCCAACAUACCUAGUGCAAGAUGCCGGAAGGACACAGGUUCCAGCUGGGUCACAGACAGUCCUUGCCAUCCUAGGAGAAGAAGAGCUGGUGAAUCAGGUGACUGGGCAGCUAAAACUGCUGAACUGAGAUGUUGUGAAAGUUUGGCUGUCUGUGGGAUCCCAGGGGAGGAGGGGAGAGCCUAAGCCAUCUCCUCCUCCGCCAACAACUCAAGAAACCACCCGAGCGGAACAGAAACCCCAAAAGGCAGCUGUCUUUUGUAAGAGGAGCUUUCUUCUAGACGACGGAAAGUGAUCGUUCUCCUGAUCCAGAUUUCUAAUGGACUCUCAAGUGGGUCUGUGGGAAAGUCAGACCCCCUUAAUUCUUCACCAUUUAUAACCAAGCUGCUCUGUAUAAGUAAUGCUUAGGCGUUUUCAGUUAAGGGGAAACUGCACGGAUCAUCCAAGGUUGCCUUCCCCUCCUGAUGCCCUUGAGAUGUAUUCCCAUAAUCCAUUAACCCCAGUCAAGUGUGGUCAACCCCCCCCCCUCCAUCUUCCCCAAGUGAGAAAGUGCAGGUUACUCUAGUACAGGGGUGUCCAAACUUGGUCCCUUUAAGACUUGUGGACUUCAACUCCCAGAGUUCCUCAGCCAGCUUUGCUGGCUGAGGGACUCUGGGAGUUGAAGUCCACAAGUCUUAAAGGGACCAAGUUUGGACACCCCUGCUCUAGUAUAUAAAUUCUCACACCAUUUGGAUAUCUUGUGCCAAGAGUAUAUCGCUCUCUUUUUUUUCCUGUGAUGUGAAAAGGAACAAGUGUUGCAAUCUUUGGAGAGCUUUAUCUGCUAGGACUUCUCUUCAGUAGCCUCUGGAGAGCCAAAGGAUGGUUGUUCCUGUUUAGAAGGCUGUAAACUUCUCUGUUUUAGCUAGCGUGUAUUGUAAUUGGUGCCGUCUGUUUGCAUCUUAUUUUUAACUUCCACAAGUGGGCUGUGUCUUGCUUUAUAUGACGUCCUUUGUGUCAAUUUCCAAAUGGCUUUGAAAAACUGGAUUUUCAAAGCAACGCUAGUCCUGUUCAGACAUUUCCCUUAACAAAUAGCAGAAUUAAAUUGCAGUAGUCGUCAUUGGGUGGGUGGGGGGGGAGUGCAGCAACAUGAAGGUCUAGAUUUCCCCCUUUUUUAAUGUUUGUGUCUUUGUUCUCAAAGUAUUAAGAACAAGAAAAAAGCCAAGAUUAUGUAGCAGGUCUGUGACAGUGUUUUUUUCUGUAUCUUUGUUAAAAGUGGUAACAUUUUCUGGGCUUUUUCCAAUGUUGGUCCAAUAAUUCCUUUCUUUGCCAAUAUGCAUAGAUACCCCCCUCCCCAAGAGGGGAAAUUCUAGAUUUAUGUGUUCUGAUACUAGGAAUGACUGGAGAAUUUCAGAAAAUUGCAUAGUUUAGAUUAGCUUUUUAAGGAAUGGCUGAUAUUGAUCAAGUAGCAACUAACGUGGGGUGUUCUGACAUAGUUACAAGAUUUGUUCUCUGGCAGAGUUCUUAAGAACCAGGCAAUCUGAAAUUUAAUACUUGUCAUUCCCCCCCCCCUCCCCCAGUUUGUAGAAAACCAAGGAUUGUUUUUUUUUGUGUGUUUGUUAACUCCUCCAGCUAUUAACUGUCAAUACAUGCUAUGCAUUUUGUGAUGCCUCGCACCUUUUAGUGCAUGCUGAUGAAAUAGUUGUGCGCAGAUGAUGAAAUCUGUGCAAUUUGCUGUACAAGUGGUUCGGAAAAUAAGAGGGACAAAGCCUCUAAAUCUAAGCUCCAUUUGAAUGACUUUUAAACCGUAAAGCAGUAUCAGUGAUUGGUGAUGGAUCAGCCAGAGGGAGCCCCAGGCAUACUGGGGCAUUGAUGAAUUUGCCUCCGCUUGCAAUCAGAUCAGUUUGAAGGCCAGACCAUCUAUUUGCUUACAGCAGCGGUUCUCAACCUGUGGGUCGGGACCCCAUUGGGGGUCGAAUGACGAUUUGCCAGGGGUCGCCUAAGACCAUCGGAAAUAUGGGAAGUAUACUUGCAAGUUGAAAAAUCGCGCUCCAAUGGUUGACUCCACAAGCCAGCUGCAGGCUCUUCAAAUCGCUAGCUGAAUUCGGCUUCAGGCACGAUGAAUUAAAAAAGAGAGACAUCUUUGCUCUGAUGUCUCCCUCUCAAGCCAGCUGCAAUCACUCCCAAUCGCUAGCCUAAUCUGGCUUCAGGCGCCAUAAACUUAAUAGGGGAGGAGUCUCCGCUUUAAUGCCUCCGUCCUCAAGGCAAUCGCAAGCAGUUCAGAUCGCUAGCCAGUAUGGCUUCAGGCGCGAUAAAUUCAAAACGAAAAUAAUUUUAUGGUUGGGGUCACCACAUCGUGGGGAAUUGUAUUAAAGGGGUCGCAGCACUAUAAAGGUUGAGAACCA